AUGGAGCGGGGUCGCGAUCAGCGGACGGCUUCAAACGCAUCCGUUAAGCCUGCGAGUCGCACUGCCUCCGCACGUCGCUACAGCCACGUCCGCUCUGUUGUGAAGGACUUAAUUGACGACAAGAUCACACCAUUAGAGGCCCAACACGGCAAACCGGUGCUGCGCCAGCGAUCGCAGAGUCAAGAUGUUCCCUCCUCACAGCGCACAUCCAUCACACGCGGGCAAAGAGCGGACAGCACAGGACGUGAAGAGGCCUUCACUCCACGGCGAACAUCAUCGUCGACGGUAAUGUCUGGAGUGCGGCGUGGGGGCUCCGCAACGCCACCGAGAUCUUCACCAUCAUCCGCGCGGUUGGCUUCGUGUGAUGCGAGUUUUCCUGGACUGCCAAGGCCGUAUACACCGCUUAGUACCGCCAGCCGAUCAUACAGAGGAGGGCCAACGUCUUUCUGUCGCAAUAUUUCUCAACACGAAAGUGUUUCAAGGGUUGUGGAAAAUUUAGAAAAUGCAGUAGUUCCCUAUAAUCAUGUACCGCGGUGUGCACAAGAAAUUCCUGAACGCUACAAGUAUCAACCACCACUACCUCCAAGGAAUCCUUCUGCGGAGCGAGCGAAACCAAGAUGGAAUGGAACCUCUUCUCGAUGUGGUACCCCAAUAGCACGUACAGAUAGUGUUACGCGCAUUCGAAGAGUGAGUAGUCCCGGACGUACAUCUUCAGCUACUGGAUUUUCUAGACCGCAAACUCCCAAUAGUGUUCGUAGUCUGGGAAAUAGUGAAAGAAGAAGAAGUGUAUUAACAAAUUCCUCUCAAAAUCUUGCCAAUUCUGUAGGGGGUAGAUCCCCUUCAGCGAAGAGCCAGAAAAGGUCUCUCUCAAAACCUACUCAGGUUGGAGCACGAAGUGAAAAGAAAAAAGUAGAAGCGAAAAAAGAAGUGAUUUCAUUUAAACCACUUCAAGGAAUUGACCGGGUUUUGUUAUUUGACACAGAACCGCCAAAACUCAUUGUGUAG